AUGCGUGUGCGCUCGCACGGAGCCAUCUCGGCGGGAGCAGUUCUGUUUGCUGGACAAGCUCAGGCGGCCUUCUUGGCGGUGCCGUUGAACAGCACCGAUGCUGCGCAAGCUCAACCUCACUCAGAGACCCUCUCGCUGGAGAGUGCAUCGGCGUUACGGUCCAUUAUCCACGAUCUGGUAGGCUUGCCUCUCGAUGGCAUUUGGACCAACAAGCAGAACGAAUCUGCAGUUGUCAGGGGCUCUGUUGUUGACUGGACGGGUGUCCGCGCUGCUGCCUGGACUCUCGACGGGGUCGGAGCCAAACGGUAUUCCGCCACUGUCGGCGACCACACGUACAUUGGGGAGCUGAGUGGGAACAUGUUGACGUGGAGCAAUGGUGACACAUGGGUCAAGCAAUCCGGCAGCACAAGCGGCUCCGCUCCAGAUCGGGAUGAGUUCUUGGAGAGGUGCACAGAACACGUAAAGGAUCUGGUGCUCACUCUUGACAGGGGCUACACGCACGCCCAGCUCCAGACGCUGUUGGGGAGCGAGUGCACGCUGUCUAGGCAGUUUCCAGAGACCCAUGCCACCAAAUUCCGCACGCACGAGGCCUGCGUUCGCUUCGCGGAGGAGCUGACGAAAGUGAGAUUCAACGAGUUGGAGAAGGGAGAGUCAGCAGACCAGUACACUGCCUUUUGCGACAAUUAUCUCCUGGCCGUUGGCCCAUCCCGUCACCGUGUCUGGAUUGUGGGUCAAAGGCCCCUAGGGUGUUC